AUGAUAACCAGAAAUUGGGAAAACAAGAAACAUCACAAAGAUAGUUCUUUUAGGAAGAAUUAAUUAUGUAAGAGGAUUUUUAAGUGUAUUUCUUAGUAAAACAAAAAAGCGUCCAGUAGCUUUCUGAGAAUAACAGAAAUUUUUUCUCUAAUUUUUUAGCCUUUUACGAAUAAACCCAGGAUUAAUAAAUUCCAUCAAUUGAGUAUAAUGUGUUUAUAUUUAGGUUUAUCCAAGAAUAAUUCCAUGUCUCAUAACUUUUUACAAAUCAUUAAAUAUUGGAGUUGUAAGAAGAAUUAUCCAAGUAAUGGGUGUCUAGGAUUAAAAAAAAUUGGGCUGAAGAAGAUAAGUAAAUUCUGAUUUGGAUUGUUUUGAAAAUCUGUUCAAGAGACAGCAUAAGCAUUAGAAAAAUUGUAAAAUGAUUGAUUUAAAAAAUAGCCAACGAAAGUGUGGGAAGAAGUUGAGCUAUUAAUGAGUAGGAGGACUGUAGAAUUGCUUAAAAAUAAAUGGAAUGAUUUAUUGAAAUUAUCUUUGUAAUAAACACCUUGGACAUAGGAGUAAGAUGAAUAAUUAAUAUAAUUGAUAAAGUAUAAUAUAAUAUUAGAGUUAGUGAAAGUAAAGAGUAAGGGAUGCAGAAUAAAUGGUGUAAUAUUGCUAAUUAAUUAAACGUACAGUUUAAAGACUCUCCAAGAACAGGGAAGCAAUGCAGAGAAAGAUGGAAUAAUCAUCUAAACCCUGAAAUAAAUAGACAUCCAUGGAGUAUAAAGGAGGAUAUUGAGUUGUUAGAAUUAGUUAAAAAAAAGUAAAAGAAAUGGGCUUUAAUCUCAAAAAUCUUAAAACCAAAAAGAAGCGAAAAUGCUGUAAAAAAUAGAUAUAAUUGUUUAUUGAAAAAAAAUAAUUGCUAAUCAAUAAAUGUCCUAAUGGACAUAUUAAAAAAAAAAUAUAAAUCUGAAAAUCCGGCUGUUACUUUGUAAACAGUUAAAAGAAAUAAAUUAACAUAAAUAAAUCAAAGUACUUUUUCUUAUUAAUUUUAGAUUAAGUUUAAGAAGCAGAACCAUAAAAAGUUAAUACUAUGAGGGAAUUCAGUAUCUAGCAAUUUGAGAUAGUGGACACAAUCUAACUGAAAUGUCUAACCCCUGCUUUCUAUGAUUCAAAGACUUAAUCCAUAUAUCUUAGCAAUAAAUCAUAAUUGAUGUCCUACUUAAGCAACCAAAUGAUAAAGAUUGGAAGUGAAUAGAAUGUCUAAAAUUUUGAUCAGCACUAUUAAUAACAUGAAUUGUCCAAUUAAAUGAGUGGUAUAUUAAAUAUAGUGGAGUCUUCUAAUUAUUUAAGGUGUUUACCAAAUGCUUUUUCGCAGCCAAUACAAUAAGAAGAAAAGUAUAUUUAUAUAUAUUUUUUAAAGAUCGCAAUUUAAUAUUCCAGGAGUAUAAAAUGAAUAAACUAAUCCAGAAAAACCUCAGUAAAUUUAAAAAUGCCACAUGUUCUCAUUUUUUACAUCAAAAUUGAUUGAUGCCUAACAUAAGUUAAAAUGCAGAGUUGCUAUGGAUUAAGAAGAGAACAAUUUACAAAUAAAUAAAUGA